UCUAGUGGUGAUUUGGAUUGUCUGAAAUAUGCACUCAAGAAUGGAUUUUCUAGUGGUGAUUUGGAUUGUCUGAAAUAUGCACUCAAGAAUGGAUUU